AAUAAAUUGACUUAAAUGUCCUUUGUCUACUGAGGUUGUUUCAUGCAAAUGAAAUCUUUUUGUCUUAAAAUUUUGGUGUACAAUAUUAAAAUAUACUCCUUCUAAAAAAUUAUUUAGGUAUAUCUGCAAAUCCCAAAUUUAAAGUUUUACUUUAAACGAACUAAAUUCCUUAUCACUUAAAUUAACAAGUUUUUUAAAAUUUCAAAAUACAUUGUCUGAAAAUAAUCGUAAACAAAGAAAAACAUUUAUAAUAUAUUGUAUCAACAUAUAAAUUUUACUAAAUCAUGAAAACUCUUUUGUUGAAUUUUCAUACAAAUAUUUAAGAAAUCGCUGCUAAGGCUGGUAAAGAGGGUACUGUGAAUGAUAUUUUAGUUUCAAAUUAAAAAAAAAAGUAUUAGCUGAAUGAAAUGAAAAUUUAUUCCAUUUUAUCCAACUUUAAACGAUCUAAAUAAUAAAAACAGUAUCACUCCAUUCUAUUCUACUUCAUUUUAUCCAUUUCCGUAAUCCAUAUAUUAAAAACUAAAGACUCGUUUCAUCUUACAACCAAGCAUCAUCGAGGAACACGAGAAACAAUGUUGAUUAUUAUGAAGAUUAAUUUUCAAGCAUGAGCAUUUUAAUUUGCCUCAAUGAAAUUGAUUUAAAGUUUAAAAGAAGGCAAAAGAAAAAACAACAAUGAUGUCUGAGGAACUGUUGAGAAACAUAAAACGCGAAGAUGGGAAAUUAUAAUUCUUGAGCUAGAUUUUGCAGGCAAUAUAGUGUAAGGAUAGUUUGAUUUGUGUUCAUAGUGUUCCUAUGGAUCCUUUUGUGGGCUAUCCCUUUUUAUCAUCGAUGUUGCUUAAUGUUCACUUAAACAUUCAACCAACCCGUGUUAAUGCCUCUAAUAAUGUGUAGCCCCCCAUCCUUUUCUCCCCAUAAAGCCACCACAACCUCACUCAAUGAAUCUUUAUGCUGCCAUAACCGACAAUUCUUUACUUCUUUUACCUUUUUCUUUUUCAUGCAUUAUAGUAAAAAUACAAAUCAUCUCUAACUUUAAGACUUUUCAGUUUUUGUUUCUAUUAAUGCUCUUAUAAUACAACGUAAUUGAAAUUAAUUAAUAUGUAACUAUUACAAAACGCAAUAUGUUAGUAAAAUAUGUAUUAUAUAAUUUUUUAAAAAAUCACUGCCCCGACAUUCCAACCCAUCGUAUGUUUCGUCCUCCCCACAAAUCACAUGUUUAAGGUAAAUUGUUUUUUUUUUUAUAAUAUUUAUUUUAUUAUAUGGUUUGUUGAAUCGGUUCCUUUUACUUUAACUUGACAAAUACUAAUUUUAUAUUUGUUAACAUUAUUCACACAUGAUUUUGAAGUCUUUUGAGUUCUUAUUUUACACUUCUAGCGAUGGAUUAACGUGCUUGCUUUGGCUGCAUUAUCAAUUCGUUGUUUUUACAAAAUAAUAAAAACUUAGACUAAAUUUUUCUUGAACUAAGUGACAUUUGUCAGUGUCUUACAAGCUCUUUCCUAUUUGAGAAUAUAAAUAAAAUAAACAAAUAAAAAACUUUUAAACAUUAAUGUAAUAACCCCUGUGGUGAUGAUGAGCUACACCACACACAUGGUAACAGUGGUCACCAUGGUUGUUAGUUAUAAAUGCUUCCAACUAACUUCAACCCCCUGACCCCCUCAGCCUAAUAAUAAUUUUUUUUAAAAUCUAUGCACAUGAUGUAAGAGUGGGUAACCAACCCAUCAUUUAAUUUGUGUAAUAUUAAGUAACACAUGUUUAUCUUUAUAAAAAAUUAUUAUCAAUAUUAAAAAUAUUUAUGAUUUAAAAAUUAUAAAAUAUAGAACUAAUUAAAUAGACAAAAAUUAUCUCAAUUUGAUAAUAACUGUAAGACACACAAAAUUCAUUUUAAUAAUAACUAAUAUAGCCCUGCAAGGGUGCAACAUACUGCUACUUAAAUAUUUAAAAACAUAAUAAAAUCACAUUUUAAUAUAAAAAUUAUAAUUUGUAGCAUAAAUUUGUAUUUAAGUAGAUUUACGUAAAAUCAAACACACUGUAGAGUAAUGAUAUUUGAUUUCCAUAUUUUAACUUAGGAAAGUAUUUAGUUUAAUUUCCCAAAGCCGAAAAAUAAGGCAACUAAAAGGUAAAAAAGAUGAUAAACUAAAAGUGAUUUGAAAAAAGAAAGGUACAGCUUGAGUAAGGAGUGAAUGAGUGAGAAUCAUGUGAACUGCCGCCACAUACACACACAUAGACACACUAUCUGUCAAAUUCAGCAAAACACGGUGUUUCAGAGAGUUUCUUCUUAUUGUUGUUGUGGUUGCAGUGUUGGGACCAAAUCAAAUUCAAUGGCUGCAACUGCUUCAAGGUUCAUCAAGUGUGUGACCGUUGGGGAUGGAGCUGUAGGCAAAACCUGCAUGCUCAUUUGCUAUACAAGCAACAAAUUCCCCACGGACUAUAUUCCAACAGUGUUUGAUAAUUUCAGUGCAAAUGUGGUUGUUGAAGGCACAACUGUCAAUUUAGGCCUCUGGGACACUGCUGGGCAAGAGGAUUACAACAGGCUGAGGCCUUUGAGCUACAGGGGGGCAGAUGUCUUUGUCUUGGCUUUCUCGUUAGUGAGUCGCGCCAGCUACGAGAAUGUGUCGAAGAAGUGGAUCCCUGAACUCCAGCAUUUUGCUCCUGGCAUUCCAGUGGUGCUAGUUGGCACCAAAUUGGAUCUCCGAGAGGACAAGCACUAUUUGGCUGAUCAUCCUGGUUUGGUGCCAGUGACUUCCGAGCAAGGUGAGGAAUUGCGUAAACUGGUAGGAGCUACAUAUUAUAUUGAGUGCAGCUCCAAAACUCAGCAGAAUGUCAAGUCAGUUUUUGAUGCUGCUAUCAAGGUGGUCAUCAAGCCUCCACAAAAACAAGAAAAGAAGAAAAAACCACAUCGAGGGUGUCUACUAAAUGUCAUCUGUGGAAGGAAUAUAGUUCGACUUAAAUAAAACAUCUCAACCGUAUUUCAUCAAAAGCUUUUUUUUUCGCGAUGGAGAAAAUGUCAUCAAUCAUCAUUCUGUAGAAAUUUUAAAUUGACUUAGGUCCUUUGGCUUUUUAAAAUUUCUUGAUAGGUUCAUGUCUUGAGGAAAUAUUGAACUUGGGGAAAGAUUUCUUGUAAGGAAAGGACCGUCAAAGCCAAUUAUUCUUGGCUAGCUAUUAUUAUGUUUCUGUUGAUACAUCGU